AUGUUCCCGUCUCUAUCUGCCAUCCUGUGUCUGUCCCUGCUCCUCCCAGCCCUCCACUGUAACAACAACCUGCUGUGUUACUACAGCCCCGUCAUGUACCGGAACAAGACCUUUGACCUCAUCCUGACAGAGUGCCCUCCCGCGGAACUCUGCAUGACGGGCAACGGUCGCUAUGGAAACCACAGCGCCCUGUCCACCCGGGGGUGCAUGGCGUCGACGGGCUGCGGUCAGAUACACCCUCUCCCACUGAAAGGAACUGUGUACACCAUGACGUAUGCGUGCUGUGGCUAUAACUACUGUAACGCAGGACAGCGUGUUGCGGUGAAUUCGGUCCCCCUCGUGGUGGCGAUGACUAUGCUGUUAUUAACGGGCCUGUAA